AUGCCCUCCACCUCCCUGCCCUCACCUCGCUUCACCUCUCCCCUUCCUAGUGUCACCCUCCCCUGCCAUAACCUCAAAUCUUACCCUCCCAUCCUCUUCCCUCCAUCCCCAGCCCAGCAAACUAACCCCAACCACACCUCUAUUCCCCGGCCGUCCCCAGCCUCCACCACAGCAGCGUCCCAGCAAAAGCCUCGUCCUCCUCCUCGUCCUCGGCCCUCCACUCACACCCACACCCACUCAACCACCAACAAGAAUCUGCAUCCCGCACCCCAGCACCAGUCCCGCGCCCCACGCACCGCCUUCGCUAACAUACCACCCCCGAUUUUGUCCCCUUCCGGCAUCCCUCUGGUGGUGGUUCCUGUCAAUACCCCCUCGACUCCUGCCCCAAAAAACCCUCCUCUCCUCCCAAGUCGAAGUCUCCUCCCUCCACCAGUGUUUCCCGAACCCAGGCCGCCUCCGUCACUACGCCUCCAGCCGCUCUUCGCCCUACAGGAGCUUAGCGGCUCCUCUAACCAAGACGACUCCAUACCUGAAAGGCGUGACGCGGUGGUCAGUCACACGCCAGCAUUAGACACUGGAAAAGAUGAGGCUGCCCUGAUACUACAGUCACUCCAGGGUUCACCCAGGGACAGAACACACAACACUGGCCCCUUAAACAUGUCUGACUCUCCCUGGGUGCCUCUCUAUCCUCUUCCCACCACUACCAGGCCAGGCAAACAGUCAAAGGUCCCUCAGUCCACCGACAGCAAGUCCCUCGCCCCUCCUAUUCCACCCAGCCGCUCUAGCUCAGUCAAGGCUUUGCUUAAGGCACCCCAGCGCUCUCCCGGCAAGGACCCUGAGGAGGAUGCCAUCAGGGACGCCAUGAUUGAACUUCAGAGGCUUAACUAA